AUGGUAACCCCAGAUGGACCCCAGGCAGCGUCUUUUGGCAUAGCAUUGCCAUCAUGGAUUGUGGAUAAAAAGAAUUCCCUUUGGAUACCAGAGACUUUAACAUUUGAUGAAGAUGCUACAUCUUCACAAACUAAGAAAGAAACAAAAGCUAGUUUAGUUAAACAACAACAGAGAAAGAAGAAGAAAGGUAAAGGGGGAGGAGCUAAUACUAAAGGACAAAAAAAGAAACCAGUUCAUAGAAAAGCCCCGCCUACUGAAGAGACUCAGAGAGUGAACUUGCGUCUAAUAGCUGAGAAAAAAGGUACAUUUAAGUACAUGGUGGUUGUCAAUUCUGACUCUUAUCUCUAUUGUAUGAUACAGCAAGAACUAAAGAUCAAAGUUCAUGAAAAGAAAGAAGUUUCUGGUAAAGAACAGUGGGAGGAGCUUGAGAAGGAGGAAGAAGAAGAGGAUGUUAUUGAGGAAAGUAGACAAAAAGAUGAUCAUGGUGAUGAACAACCACCACAAGAGGGUGGGGAGGAAGAGGGUGAUGUUCAACAGUCUUAUAGCGAAGAGGAAGAAGAAGAAGAAGGACAACAACCUCAAGAUGAGGAGCCUCCACCAUCAAAGCCUGCAGCACAACCUUCAGCACAAAAAACGUGGACGAGGACGUCCUCCUGGAAGCACUUUGAGUACCCAAAAAAAGAAGGAGCUUCAAAAGCACCACGUCCUAAGAAGAAUCCUCCAAAAUUACAAGACGACAAACCCAAACGACCAAGGGGUCGUCCUAAAAAACCUACAGAAGCUCCAGUUGAAAAACAUCAGAGUCUGAGGAAGAGGAAGAAGAAUUUCAGCCAUCAUUUAGUGAAGAUGAUGAAGAUGAUGAACCAGAAGUUAUGCCGACUAAAGGGACAAGAGGUCGUCCCAGAAAAGGGGGAAAUCGAGGACGUAAACGACCAUAUCAGUGAAGAUGAAGAUGAAGAGUACCAACCAAAUAAAAAGCCAAAAGGACGUGCACGAAAGAAAACUGAAGAGGCAAAGAGUGAUGGUUUAGAAUACAUCAAACAAGAAUGUCCAGACAUUUUUUGUCUGCAAGAAACUAAAUGCUCAGAAAGUGACUUACCCAAGUCUGAUCUAGAAGUGCCGGGAUACCAUACUUAUUGGUAUUCUGCUGAAGAAGGCUAUAGUGGAACAGGGAUGUAUUGUAAAGAGGAACCUUUAAAUGUCACUUAUGGAAUUGGUAUCGAGAAGCAUGAUAAUGAGGGUCGAGUGAUAACUGCUGAAUUUGAGGACUUCUAUUUUAUAACAGCAUAUGUUCCUAAUGCCGGUGAUAAAUUGAAACGGUUGGAUUACAGAGUGGGGGAAUGGGAUCCAGACUUUAGAAAUUACCUUCAAACUCUGGACAAGACUAAACCUGUUAUAUUGUGUGUGAUUUUAAAUGUAGCUCAUAAUGAAAUAGAUCUAGCUAAUCCAAAAUCAAAUCAAAAAACAUCUGGUUUUACAAAAGAAGAGAGAGCAUCUUUUACUACAUUACUAGAAGAGAGCAAGUUUGUGGAUUCAUUCAGACAUCUUUAUCCUGACAAGAAAGAUGCCUACUCAUAUUGGUCAUAUCGUUCUAAUGCCAGAGCUAACAACAAAGGAUGGAGGUUAGACUAUUUUGUCAUAUCUGAUCGUUUGGUAAACAAUUUAUGUGACAGUAUGAUUCGUCCACAAGUUUAUGGCAGUGACCAUUGUCCUAUUGUUCUCUUAUUAGCUUUGUAA